AUGCUUCAGCUGUGCGUCAUACAUAGGGCAAAUACGGUGUACUACGCGCACAGCACACACCCUCAACUGACACACCCAUAUGUACGCACACACACUUUUUGCACCCAGCCCCUCCUCCGCCCCAGUCGGAACAUCGUGCCACAAACGCCAUGUUUUCAAACAAAGCAUAUUUUUUUUCCUUUGCAAAGGAAUAAGCUGCCGAGCUUGAUUGGGUCAUUGCGCAACGCCCACCCGCCCCAAGCAAAGAAAAUGACACCAUUCUCUGCCCAUUGUACCCAUGCCCAGCAAAUCAGGUCCGCGGGAAAUAUGUCCAUUAAGAAAAUGCAAGCAAAAGCGAAAAUGGCAUUGACCUGCUUCAAAUGUCGUAUGACUUUAAUUAUUAUGCUCGUAAAGUUUGUUUUUUGCUCUCGUAAACGGUCGCCGUCUAGACGGAAAAAAGAAUCUGAUAACGGUGGCCAUUGUAAUUGUAGAAUGCAGUCUGACAUAGAGAAAUGCGGUUAUGCUCGUUCUCUCUCAUUCCCUGUCAAACCUUAUUUCUUUACUAAGAAAGAUUACAAGGAAGAGAGGAGGGGCGAGAAAAAGAGAAUGCGAGCAAAGGAAAGGGUGUAUGUCUGUUCAAUCGAAUCAAGACAGACAAAGAGGGUGGUCUGA